AUGUUGUCAGGUGAUAUUUUGAUCCGUGAACCAUUGAGUGUGGCCUUGCUGCCGCCACCCUCGUUAAUAGAGUUUUGCAAAAUUAUGGCGGCAAUUGCAACGUUAGCAAAUCAACAGAAUAUCGACGAUGAUGACAUAUUUCUAGAAAAUGGACUUUUGAGCUACGAAAAUCCCAAUUACCACAUGGAUCCACAACGAAUGGAACGCAAUUCCCAUUUAUACGAGGAAAUUAUUUCAGAAUUACAGCAACAGGGUACUCUCCGACCAAUUGCCGGCGUUCAGAAUGGCUCACAAAUGAUUAGUAACAAUCGUAAGGGCUACGGUGUUCUUGAUCUUGGUCCAAUGGGUGUGGAGAUUAAGGAUAAUCCAGACAACAGAUCCCCAAAGGAAAAGAAAACGUUGCUGGGUGGUGACACAUCUCCAAAUGAGUCGAAAACACAGAAAGAUCAAGAACCGGAAAAUGGUGAAAAAACACAAGAAAUUCAGCACAUUCCUGGUACGCUGAAUUCGGAUGAUUUGUAUGCACUGCCGAAUAAGCGAAGGCAGUCAGAAAUUGGCGAAGUGCCACCGGAAGAGGAUGAUGACGAUGACGUAGAACUUAAUAGUAAGGUGACCGACGAAGACGAAGAAAACGUGAAAAGGGAGGACAUCGAAGCUAUUGAGGAUAAGGACAAAACAAAAGAUUUACCACCUGGAUGGGAAAAACACGAAGAUAACGGGGGUCCGUAUUAUUGGCAUAUCAAAACGGGUACUAUUCAACGUGAACCACCAUUAUGGCCGAAGAAUACCAACCACCGAGAUAGUAAAACGCCAAGCAUUCCUAUUCCCAGAAGCAUACAAAACUCCUCUUUCACGCAAGCCUUGAACAAUCUCUACGGAACGAAGGAUGGGAGCAUGGCCAGUGGCAAUAGUAAAUCCGCCCUGUAUGACAGUUUGACAUCGUCGGUCACAAGAAGUAGCACUAGCUCAGCAUUGGAUCAAGAAGAGGAGCGACGUCGGCGGGAGGAUGUUGCUUUGAAACGACGGAGCUUUCCGCUAAAGUCAGAUGCAGACCGCCCAGUCCGCUUUGCAGUGCGUUCGCUUGGAUGGGUAGAGAUUGCAGAGGAAGACUUGACGCCAGAACGUUCAUCGAAGGCUGUCAAUAAGUGUAUUGUCGACUUGUCACUCGGACGCAACGAUAUGCUUGAUGUGAUCGGCCGUUGGGGAGAUGGCAAGGACUUAUUUAUGGAUCUUGAUGAAGGAGCUCUGAAGCUGAUAGAUCCGGAAAAUCUAACAAUAUUAAAUUCGCAGCCAAUCCACACGAUUCGCGUUUGGGGUGUCGGGCGUGAUAACGGCCGCGAAAGGGAUUUCGCAUAUGUGGCUCGCAAUCGACUUACCAGAAUUCAUAUGUGUCAUGUUUUCCGAUGUGAAACUGCUGCUAGAACAAUUGCAAAUACGCUCAGAGAUAUCUGUAAACGAAUCAUGAUCGAACGUUCCCUCCAACUCGAUGCAACUGGAUCCAAUUUGAGCAUUACUCGGUGCGCCAUACGUCCUACGGAUCUACCGACUGAAAAUCGCCGCUGGAUACGGCAUCCACAAUCAUUUCCUACGCCAAUGGAAGAACCGAAAAAAGUAUUACGGGCACAGUACGUCGGUUUUGCGGAAGUUUGCCAACCGACCGGUAUAGAAGUGUUAAACGACGCCAUCGAUAAGAUAACUUCUUGCUCGGUUCCGGGCAACUGGGACAACGUGAAUGUAUCAGUAGCUCCCAGCAUGAUUAGCGUAAACUCUUCGGAUUCCGAAGCUCGUCUCAUAUGCGAAUGUAGAGUACGAUACUUAAGCUUUCUAGGCAUUGGAAAAAAUGUGCAACAGUGUGCGUUUAUUAUGCAUACCGCACAGGACAAAUUUGUCGCACACGUGUUCUAUUGCGAACCAACAAGUGGACCAUUAUGUAAGACGAUAGAAGCCGCGUGUAAGCUACGGUAUCAGAAAUGUUUAGAUGCCCACCCAGAGAGUACCGGGCGCUACUCGGCUGACUCUCAAACGCCUGGAAAAGGAAUUGGUGCAACGUUAAAAAACUUGAUGAGCUCGUUCUCGCUAAAAAAGGAUAAGGCCAGCUCCUGA